ACAACUAAACCUACCACUUACCCAACAACAACUCCUACCACUACCCCAAAAACAACUCCUACAACUACCCCAACAACUACUACUACUACCCCAACAUCAAAACCUACCACUACCCCAACAUCUACUACAACUACUUCAACAACUAAACCUACCACUUACCCAACAACAAACAAAACAACUACCACCACCACAACAACAACUCCUACCACUACCCCCAAUACCACUACCCCAACAUCAAAACCUACCACUACCCCAACAUCUACUACAACUACUUCAACAACUAAACCUACCACUUACCCAACAACAACUCCUACCACUACCCCAAAAACAACUCCUACCACCACCUCAACAACAACAACAACAACUAAACCUACCACUACCCCCCAACAUCAAAAACCUACCACUACCCCAACAUCUACUACAACUACUUCAACAACUAAACCUACCACUACCCCAACAACAACUCCUACCACUACCCCAAAAACAACUCCUACCACUACCCAACAAAAACACUACCCAACAACCUACCCCAACACCACCACCAACAACAACAACUCCUACCACUACCCCACCCCAACAACAAAACCUACCACUACCCAACAACAACUACUACCACUACCCAAACAAAACCUACCAAACCUACCACAACAACAAACCUACCACUACCCCAAACAAACUCCUACAACUACCACUACCCCAACAUCUACCACUACAACUACUUCAACAACUAAACCUACCAUACCCAACAACAACCUACCACUACCCCAAAAAAACAACUACCACCACCUCUCAACUACAACUACCCCUACAUCUACUCAACAACUAAACCUACCACUACCCCAACAACAACUCUACUACCCCAACAUCAAAACCUACCACUACCCCAAAACCUACCACCCCAACAACAUCAAAACCUACCACUACCCCAACAUCUACUACUUCAACAACUAA